AUGUCGGAGAUUAUUCACCACUUGAACAGCAAUAAUCCCCCUCAGUCCGAGAUCCCUGAGUGGCCGGAACACGGGGAACUCUCUCCUGUCCGUACCAAUAAGACCUCCCACCAGUUUGGCCAUGACUACCUGCCACAGGCCAACCACGACACGGUGGUGCCCGAGUACCUUGAGCACGAUGUGACUGUGGUCGACUGGGGUAGAAAGGUUGUGGGUAACCCUGUGCAGAAGGCCAUCCACUACUUGGUGUCGUUGUUCCCCAUUGCCCAGUGGAUCUUGCACUAUAAUUACAAGUGGUUGUACGGUGACUUGGUUGCCGGAAUCACCGUUGGUGUCGUUCUUGUCCCUCAGUCAAUGUCGUACGCCCAGUUGGCUGCGUUGCCUGCGCAGUACGGGUUGUACUCGUCGUUCGUGGGUGUGUUUAUCUAUUCGUUUUUUGCCACUUCCAAGGAUGUGUCCAUUGGCCCAGUUGCGGUGAUGUCGUUGCAGGUGUCCAAGGUCAUCUACCGGGUGCAACAGAAAGCUGGCGAGCAGUUCAGUGCUCCUGAAAUCGCCACAUUCUUGUCGCUUAUCUGUGGUGGUAUUGCUGCUGGUAUCGGUAUUUUGAGAUUGGGUUUCAUCUUGGAGUUCAUCUCCAGUCCUGCUGUUAUGGGAUUCAUGUCUGGGUCUGCCUUCAGUAUCAUUGUUGGUCAAGUUCCAGGCUUGAUGGGAUUUAACUCCAAGGUCAACACUAGAACUGCCACUUACCUCGUGGUGGUCAACACCCUCAAGAACUUGAAGCACACCAAUGUCGAUGCUGCCUUUGGCUUGGUUCCUUUGUUCAUUUUGUACGUGUGGAAGUUUGGUUGUGACUAUGGCCAAAAGAGAGCCCCCAAGUUGAAAUGGUACUUCUUCUACGUGCAACAGUUGAGAAAUGCCAUUGUGAUCAUUGUGGCCACUGCCAUCAGUUGGGGUGUCGUGCAUCCCAAGAAGGUCAGCUUCAAAGGUCCCCUGAAGAAGUUCAAGCCUCCAAUCAGUAUUAUCGGUGUUGUUCCAAAGGGUUUGCAACACGUUGGAGUCAUGACUAUUCCUAAAGGCAUUAUUGGUUACAUGGCUUCUGAAAUCCCUGUUUCUACCAUCAUUUUGUUGUUGGAACAUAUUGCUAUUUCCAAGUCUUUCGGUAGAGUCAAUGACUAUAAGGUUAUUCCUGAUCAAGAAGUCAUUGCAAUUGGUGUUAACAACUUGAUUGGUACUUUCUUCAACGCAUACCCAUCUACUGGGUCCUUCUCCAGAUCUGCCUUGAAGGCCAAGUGUGGUGUCAGAACUCCAUUUGCUGGUAUUUUCACUGGAUGUGUUGUCUUGUUGGCCUUGUACGCUUUGACUGCCACCUUCUACUACAUUCCAAAGGCCACCUUGUGUGCUGUCAUCAUCCACGCUGUGUCUGACUUGAUUGCCGACUACAAGGUUACCUUGAACUUUUGGAACAUCUCGCCUUUGGACGCUGGUAUUUUCAUCAUUGCCGUCAUUAUCACUGUUUUUGCCUCCAUCGAAGAUGGUGUUUACUUCGCCAUCUGUGCCUCCGUUGCCGUGGUUUUGUUCAGAUUGGCCAUUCCAAAGGGACAGUUCUUGGGUAGAAUCCAAGUAGCUGAAGUUAUCAAUCCAACCAUCGAUGCAUUGGAAAGCGACCAGUACUCCAUCAAGCAAGAGGAAGACAAUCAUUCCGGCUCGUCACGCAGCUCCUCCGAUAACGUUGAGAUCCACCAAGUCAUUAACAACGGUCCCAACGCAGGCUAUAAACUUAAGAAGGAAGACUCCACCAAGGACUCUACCCAUAUUACUACCAGGGCAUUGUUACAGAAGAAUCCAAAGCUUAAGUUCCACACUAGAUGGGUUCCAUUGACUAAGGAAAACAUCAACGGCCACCUCAAGGUCCAGCCUCCUCCACCGGGAGUGAUUGUGUUCAAGCCUGUUGAAGCAUUCAUUUACCCUAACUCUUCUAGACAGAUUGACCGUGUUUCCGACGAGGCCAAGAGAUUGACCAAGCGUGGUAAGCCAUACAACUACACUGAUACCGGCUCCAGACCAUGGAACGACCCUGGUCCAUUGAGAUGGAGACUCCCAUUCUGGAAAGAGAAGUUUGCCUCCCAGGAUGAGGGAGAAGUUGAAGACACCAGACCAGUUUUGACCACCGUACAUUUCGACUUCUCGUCGGUGACUUCCAUCGACGUCACUUCCAUCCAUGCCUUGGUUGAUUUGAGGAAGGCUCUCAACAAAUACGCAGACCGUGAGAUUGAAUUCCACUUCUCGGGUAUCUUGAGUCCUUGGAUCAGAAGAGGUUUGCUCAACGCUGGAUUCGGUACCUAUGCCGAGGACGGUUUGGUAAGUACCACCACCUACGUCAACAUUGCCACUGGCUCCGAUGAGUUGGAGACUGGUAUUGACGGGCAAUAUUACGCUGCCGUUGCCACGAACACGCCAUUCCUUCACCUUGAUAUUCCAGAUUAUAGAUAG